AUGUCUGAAGUUGCAACCGUAGCCGCUGCUGCAGCACCAGCUGCCACUUCGCCAGCCAAGACAAAGAAGCCAAGGGCCCCGAAGGGACAGGGCAAACCCAAGAAGCCAUCGACCCAUCCCCCAGUGAACGAAAUGGUUGUUGCCGCCAUCAAAACCCUGAAGGAACGCAACGGAUCGUCGCUGCAGGCCAUCAAGAAGUACAUCGCUGCCAACUACAAGUGCGACGUUGCCAAGCUAGCCCCGUUCCUUAAGAAGUCUUUGAAGAAUGACGUCGAGAAAGGAACGAUUGUCCAAACCAAGGGAAUCGGUGCAUCGGGAUCAUUCAAGUUGAAGGCUGAAGCCAAGAAAGCCGCCACUGAGAAGAAACCGAAGAAGGCUGCCGGCGAGAAAACAGGCAACAACAACUCAGGCGUUUUCAUUAAUUUCUUCUCUCGAUUCCGGAAGUGCACGACGUAUCUGGAACUACCACACCAAAAUGUAUGCAGAAUAUUGUCGGUACUGGAUUAG